AUGCACUUGUCCAUUGUUGCCACCCUUGCAGACCCUCUUCCUGCGUCACAAAUAUCGAAACUUCUUGGCCCUGGUCAGGGCCACGAUGUCGAGACCACUCUGGUGCAGCUACGGUCCAUCAUGGAAAUCCCUACCGACAGCGGUCUCCCCGUAAAUAUCUAUCACUCGUCCGUUCGGGAUUAUGUUUCCAACCCUUCGAAUUGCAGCCUUCCUGACCUCCAAUACGUUGCGCCCCACUCCCUCCUCGCUUAUUCCUCGUUAUGCUUAAUGACGGACGAGAUCCCAGCAAGCACGAUCCUCUUGGACGGGCUCGUAGAAUUGAAGAAGCAUAGAAUUAAAGGACUCGUUGGCAUUCAUCGUUCAGCCGCUGGAGCCGCUGCAAGUUCUCUUAGGUCUGCUAUGGGUUCGGGGACAUCACGCUCCAGUGUUCCGGGGCUGGAUAGAGACCUCGGACGGGCAUGA